ACCUUGACGUAUUAUGUAUUUAUUUUUCCCUCCUCAGACUUGACCGCUCGGCGAUACCAUAGUGUCUACCACUCGAUGCUGGUAGCUGGAAAUUUUUAAAUUUCAAGAUGGGUAAUGUCUACAAGUUUUGGUUUGGUCUUGUUGUACUUCGCUUCAUUUGGUGUAUAUGGCCUCAAAAGAGCUAUGUGGAUCCUGCUGAAUUCUUUGAGGGAACAGACAAACUUGCUGCUCGUAUAUUUGGGUUUCCAAGCACAUCAGCUCCUGGCUAUGAUACUCCCAAACCGCAGACAACCAUUUUCUUUCCCUACAUCACUGCUGGAUUUGGCUUCCACGUCCUCCGGAAGUUGGGUGAAAUAGGACUUGUCACCGUAAAUGAGCGAACUCUUCUCAUCGCCCCACGCCUGGCGAUCACUGCGGUUUCCUUGCUCUGCGAUUCCUGCAUUUACAACAUAGCCACGAUCUUAGGACAAGAUGCAGGAGCCUGUAUGAUCAUCUUCGCCAGUUCCUUUGUGACUUUAGUCUUCAUGACCCGUAACAUGACUCAUGUCAUUAGUGCCUGCACCUUCGCUCUGUUGCUUCUCUUGGUAGUGGACUCUCGUAAGAGUCAGCUGGUUCCAAAGACGCCAUCCAAAGAUAAGAAAGGGAAGGAGAAGAAGAUGGUAAAGAGAGAUCCUAACCAUGGUUUUUGGUUGGGUGUUUUCGUCUUGGAGGGUGUCUUCAACCAUCCAUCCUUCUUCAUCUAUUACCUGAUUCCUAUGGCCUUCUGGCUUACAGGAUCUGCUUCCCAGUUAAGUUCCGGAGCUCUCAGAACAGUCUUACACAACCUUGCAUCCUUGCUACCUGGUAUCAUCACAAUGGGUACCUUCCUUCUUAUCCUCGAUUCCACUUUCUAUGGAACCCUUGAUGCGCAGAUCAUCCUGGACCCUAAUAAGCUCCUUGAGAAUCUUAACUCUGGGUUGCUACGGAACUUGACAGUCACGCCCCUGAACUUCCUGCAGUACAACUUCCUGGAUGCUCCUCUUGAAAUCCGACCUAAACUUGCCCAUCUUCUGUUCAACCUCCCACUGCUCUUCUUCCCUCUUGUCAUCUGUUUCAUUUCAGAGAUCUUCCUGGUGUACAGCGGAGCAGAUACCAAGGACAGGAAGACAUUUUCUACAUCCACAAGCCGUGCAUUCUUUGCGCUAGUCUUCACCACCCCGCUUCUGGUCUUCUCUCUCUUGCCAGACCAAGAUCCUAAACUCCUGCUACCCCUGAUCAUCCCUCUGGUGCUCCUCUAUGCAGAGUAUGUGGUCUACCCUGCAACAGGUAUGCCUAAUGCUCCAUGGAUCAUCUGGAAUGUUUUAUUUGGAUUGAUAUUUGGAGUUGUGUUGCAGGGUGGGAUGGUCCCAGCCCUCAAAGACAUCAAAACGACAGUCACGGCACCUGUUGUUGAUAAACCCAUAUUGUACCACUAUGUUUUCUAUCAUACCCCUACCCCACCUGAAUACCUGCUAGCAUUACCGCCCCAAGGUGUAAGAUCACAUCACCCAUCCCAUCAGUUCCUAAUACAUGACCUUGGUACAAUGGACCGCUAUGAUAUGCAUCAGAUGAUCGGCUCUCUCCUGAGGGAUGACAAGUCAGCAGGAGAGUCACCAUCAUUCAAAAAGGAGAUCUAUGUCAUAGCACCCGCGUCUAUAGACGCCCUCUUCUGUCGAAUCAAUGUCAAGUUCACCUACAAACUUGUGAAGAGUUUCUCUCCCCACCUUGACCUUAAUGAACCUCCGUACCUAUUUCCAAACUAUGUAUGCAACGCAGAGAAGGAUCGUAGUUAUUUUCGCAUGGGCAUUCGGGAUCGUAUUCCGGCGCUGUUCUCGUUGAAUAUGUACAAGGUAGAGAUUGUUCGUCAUUUGGGGACUGAGAAUGUAGUGAAAUAUAAAGAUAAGCAGAAACAGAAAUCCAAAGGAAAGAAUCCUAACCAGUAGCUGAAAAGGAUUUGUUGUGGUAUAGCUGUUCUCUCAUUCUUAGUGCAUGCUUAUCCACCUAUGUUUGUGACUUUCUAUUUCUGUUCUCAUGUGUUGUACUGGUAAUUUUUUGUUUCUAAGGGACCAUUUGUCUUUCAUGUUUCAUUUAUAAUUACUGAUGCAUGAGAAAUCUCAGGGGUAGCACCUUUUUCAUAGUUAUUCUGGAGGGUUUAAAGUGCAUCAAUUUCAUUGCCAAACCCUAUUUUGGAGGAUAUCUGGAGCUAAAAAUAUCAUUGUUAUCAGAGGUAAUUUGGAAGGACUAUAGAAUAGUUGCCUUUGGGAGUGUAUGUCUGAUUUAUGAGACAGGGUUCCCAGCCCAUCAGGGAAAAUUAUU